AUGGCUGCUAACUGUAUGGUUUUUCACACUCAAAUAGCCUCCAUAAUGGAGGUGCUAGCGAAUGCUGCAGUGGCAGAGGUCUGUAAACUCGUAGACGACGACUAUGCAGUCUUUCGUUUGGAAAUUACUCAAAGCCAAAAAGAAACCAGUGCAUUGCGGAGGAAACUACAGCUACUUGAACUGAAAUUGUCACGGGAGCGCGUCCUCGCCAGUCGUCCCAGAAGUGUCAAGAUCCUCGAUCGAUACAGAGGAAUGGCAAGAGCUGAUGGACAUCUCACUGGAGGCCACAGGAGCUUUGUGAAGCCAGCGGGACACAAUACAUGGAGAGAUGACCAACCAAUCACUGUUGAUGAGGGUAGUCGAACCUCAACCCAGCAUGUUAUCGUGAUAGAGGAUACAGAGGUUGCAGGUCCCGGGGUCAAGCAGGAGAGGUCUGAAGGAGAGGAGGACCCACAGCACAGCAGAGACAUCCAGAUUGCAGUGGCUGGAGCUUCCCCUGAAGCCACGGCGGACCUCGCCGCCACGCCCCAGCCCAGGACCCGACGCAGCAUCAUGGAGGAGGAGGAGGGUCCAGAGGUGCUGCUGAUGAAGGAGGAGGGGUGUGAGGAGGGUCUGGGGAAUCCUGAGGGAACCAUGGUCAUGGAGGACAAUCAGACUACACCUCCACCUGAGUCAGUAGACAUGGAGGAUUGGAAGCCUGAUCUGCUGCUGGUCAAAGAGGAGACCAUAGAGGACCGACCAGAGAGCAUUGAUCUGCUAAGUGGACUAAAGAUGGGGGAGCAAGGUGGUUGGCUGGAGGAUGACAGAGAAGACUGGGCGGCCAUCUUGGAUUCCCAGACGGGUGCAGCCAAGGGCCCGGUGGACAACAUCACUGACCAGGCCAGGACCAGAGGAGACAUAGUGGAGGACAGUAGAUGGCACAGUGUCCUUAACUCUAGGCUGCGGGACAACACUGUUAACCACAACCAGAAAAAGACAAUCGAGCACAAAACAACAACCAAACUUAGUCUCCAUGACAACAGAUUGUCUGAAACCAGGAUGAGACAUAGAUUUGGUCUGGGGGGGCGGGGAGGUGUCCAUAUGCAGCUGGAGAGAACAGACAUAGACUUGGUUAGCGAUGCUCCAUCCUGCUCCUAUAGUUGUGAUCCAGAGAGAAUGAUGACGCCUCAGGUUAACCCCCUAACAGGUGCUGCCUUCAGCCUGCCUUCUUUAGGAUCUAUCAACUGGAACAUGGACCCUGCGACAACACAGACACUCUCUGGUCUUUGUCCUCCUCACACUCCCCUAAUGUUAAACCAGACCUCAGACAAUGCCAGUGCCUCAACACUAAAUGGCUACACAAGCCCAUUGACAAAUGACAUUAGUAGUGACGGAAUCAGUAAAGGUGUCAGCGCCAAAGAGAAGCGCUUCUCGUGUUCGUUCUGUGGGAAAGUAUUCAGUUUCCCCAAACAGGUGGCGAUCCACCAGAGGAUGCACACGGGGGAGAAACCGUUCGGCUGCCACCUGUGCCGGGCCAGUUUCUCGGACUCAUCCAACCUGAAGAGGCACCAGAGGGUCCACACAGGGGAGAAACCCUACAGCUGCCCCCAGUGUGAGAAGAAGUUCUCCCACCAGCCCCAUCUGAAGAGGCACCUGAAGAUCCACACUGGAGAGAAGCCGUUCGCCUGUAUUCAGUGCGGGAAGAGGUUCUCAGAGAGGGGCUACCUCAGGAUACACCAGCAGAAAAUGCACACCGCCCAUGUAUAGAGUAUAGUGACAAAGUAGUGAAGAUGUGUGUAUUGUAAUGUUGAAUCUUUUCCAAAAUAUUCUAAAAUGAAUUUGAUAAAUGCGAGGGUACCAGAUUUACAGAAAAGUUUGUUACCAUAGUGAGAAAAGUUAUCGUACUAAAUUUUAUGUGAGUGUAUGACCAUUUUGUUUAAAUUAAAUACAAAAUUUACUCUGUGCUGACUGACUAGGUUAUGUUUGUAUCAUUGCAGGGACUGAGCUUCCCCUAUCUCAGUGGAACCAAAACAUUGAACUUAAUUCUUGAAUCAUGACAUUUAAAUAAUAAACUCCAAUGGCUUCA